AUGGCUGAGCCUGCUCAACAACCCGCCACAUCGUCAUCACAUUCGACCGCCUUCAAGAUAGCGAAAUCAGCUCAGGAUGCACUGGUAGAGACAUUCAAGUAUUUAAAUGAAGCAGAAAUUAAGUAUGGAGCCUAUUCGGUUCUACGCCAUACACGCCCGUUCGUAUUGUAUCAAGGCGCGAACACCACCGUACCGGUCUCUGUAUUUGGUCCAGAGCCACUGCCCAAGGACAGAAAGGUAUUCUUGCAGCGACGGGGAUACCGAACAGGUCUCUUUGGGUGGACAUUCGGAGGGUGGCUUGGAGGCUCAAAGUUACCUGGUAUCGAUGUGACCCCGGCAUCUUCCGAAAGUUGGAGUCGACCAACGACAUUGAGCUCCAAACACCAAACUCAAAUUCAGAAGGACAUAUCUCGACUCUUUAAUCCGGAUUCUUCAGCGGUACCUAAUUCUCGACUGCUCGAGACGCUCCUCGUCCACAUUCCGGUUCGCUCGGGCGAUGGAUAUUUCAGACUCAGGAUUACCUCUGCAAACGGGAAGAAAACCAUUGCCGAGAGCCCGGUGUUCCGUGUAGGUAGCUUAACGUGGGCGAGUGCCCACCCACAAGGGGCAACUCCCCUUGGGCUUGUUCCCGAGCUUGGUGCACGGUCCCUAUUCUUGACCGGCCAGGCUGCCGCGUGGGCUGGGUUCUAUGCUGCAUUCCCUUUCCUCAAGAUCGGUCAGAUGGUACCUGGCCUAGGGCCUUGGAGCCAACGCAUGCUUCAGUGGGCUUAUAGUGCUGCUGGAGGGGAUAUGAAGCGCCAAGAGCUGGACGAGCGGUUUAAAGUUAGCGAGACAUUCAGGAAAGCCAACGAUAGGUUGUACAAGGAAGUUCCAUUUGGUGCAGCCGGGAUUCGGACAGCGGCUGACCUCGUGGCGGAUGAUGAGGCAGGGCCUGGGGGAGUAGCAUACGAUCGUUCGAGAGAAGGACUAUACGCCUUGUUAUUGGCCGCUAGGACCUAUGGCACUGGACACACCUGCUGCAAUAAAUUGGAGAUUGGGACGUUGGAACAGCGGGUACCCAACCCCCCUGAUGCGGACUACCACGUCGAGGCCCAAAGGCACUGGUCUUCCACUGCUAGGUUAAGUCCGGCAUGUGUGUUUGUCCCAGAGUCAUCAUCAGAGGUGGCUACUGCCGUCAAAAUCUUUGUCGAUAACGACUACCAAUUUGCCAUACGAGGUGGAGGACAUGCACCUAACCCUGGAUGGGCUAGCACACGCUCCGGAGUGCUCAUCUCUCUCUCGGAGCUUUCGAACAUCGAGAUCAGCGAUGACAGCUCUACGGGGCCUCGAAAAUCUCGGGAGCGCUCCGGGACUCGCUAUUGUCGGCGAGCAUUCCGGAUCCGUCGGAUCCCAACGAGGAGGCUCCCAAAACCGGAGCACUCCAGAGCGCUCCUGGGUUUUUGGGGCCCCCGUAGAGAGGAAACUGCCGAGCACAAUAUUACGGUCGCGGGAGGGCAAGUGUCCAAGGUUGGCGUGAGCGGGUUCCUUCUGGGCGGUGGACUCUCUUUCUUGAUGCACUCGCAAGGGUUCUCUGCGAAUACCGUACUAUCGUACGAGAUUGUUCUUGCUAGCGGUGAGAUUGCCAUAGUCACAUCACAAUCAAAUAAGGACUUGUUCAAGGCACUCAAGGGCGGCACAAGCAACUUUGGGGUUGUGACCUCAUUCACCCUCGAAGCCUACCCAAUCAAUCAUGUCUAUGCAGGAUUUUUGUUCUAUGAUCCGGGGCAGUACGAUAGGCUAUUCUCUCUUCUGGAGAUAUAUGAUCGCAAAGGUGUCGAGGCUGAUCCCAAGACUCACAUGGUCCCAACCUUUAUAUGCAACCCGUCUAAGAAUAUCGAUAUGGCUAGAUUCUACACAUUCCACUCCGACCCUAUUACAACGCCGCCGCCAGUAUUCAAGCCCUUUUUUGAUGUCCCUACUGUCCAGCGUACUGUGCAGGUCAAGACUGUGAAAGAAGCCAAUGAUGAUAUAAUCGAGGGAUUUGACGAUGGAUUAAGAUAUGACAUGCAAACUUACUCUAUUCAAGCCGAUGCCGGACUAUUCAAGCAAUUGCACGAAAUUUGGCAUUCAACAACAAUUGGAUUAAACUCGACGCUACCCGGAUGGUCCUCGAUCAUGUUGUAUCAGCCUGUCUCUAAUAACAUGAUCCGCACGAGUGAAAAGAAGGGGGGCAAUAUACUUGGCCUGAAACCGGCUAACGAUCCAUUGAUUAUUGUCAGCUAUAUGUUCACUUGGUUGCGACAAGAACAUGACCGCGAAGUGUAUACGGAAAUUAAAAGGCUGUUAUCUGUCUCCAGAGAUAUCGCGGAAUCGCAAAAUCGACUUGAGAGAUAUAUAUACCCAAACUACGCAGGGUCCGAGCAAAAGCCUAUUGAGUCUUAUGGGCCCGUCCAAGUGAACUUUCUCCGAAAGGUCAAAGCCGAGUACGAUCCCGACGGGAUAUUUGAGAAUUUAUGCCGGGGAGGAUUCAAGAUUCCUUCCCAGCAUUCUAAUGCCCAAAACAUCACCCCAAGUGUGCAAGCGAGCUUGUUCGACCAAUAG